AUGUCUGGUACUUCAAAUAAUAACUCAUAUCUAGUUGACCCGUUCGACGACCAGGCAAACGAAAAUUUUCAGGAUAUUAAUAUUAACCAGUCGAUCUCAUUGCAAAGUCUGCAGGCAGCCGUUACACCACAAACUUUUAGACCAGCGUAUCUUCCUUCCGGAAACCGGAAUCGACGGUUGUCUUUACCUUAUUCCCAACUUGACCCAUAUCACGACGACUUUAUAGACGACGACGAAGAGCAAGAUCAAUUUUACUCCGAUUCUAUAGGGCUCAUGCGUCAAGUUUCUAACAUGUCAAAUAAUUCUGAAGCAAAUCUUCCACUCACUUCAAAUGCUGCUUAUAGUAGUACUUCACCAAGACCAUCAAUGGGCCACAGUGAAAUUCUAAUGAGUAAUAUUAAAACUGAAACCUCAAUGGAGCAAAUUAAAGACGUGUCACCUACAAACAAAUAUACAACACUUGGUACUUUGGUUGUUGUGUUGGCAGCAACAGCUUUCAAAGAAAUUAUGGAAGAUUAUAAACGACAUAAUUCAGACUCCGAAGUUAAUAAACGAAUUUGUAAAAGUCUUAAAGGAAAAACAUUUGAAGGAAAGGAAUGGAACGAAGUAAAAGUGGGAGAUAUUAUUCGUGUCGAAGGGGGAGAAUUUUUCCCCGCUGAUCUAAUAUUACUCAGUAGUUCAGAACCUGAAGGAUUAUGUUACAUAGAGACAAGCAAUUUAGACGGUGAAACAAAUUUAAAGAUUAAGCAAGCCCCCACCGAAACAGCUGGUUUAGUUUCUCCAGCUCAAAUUGCUAGUUUAGGAGGUCACAUAAAAUCUGAAAAACCCAACAAUAGUUUAUAUACAUUUGAUGGAGUACUUGUAAUGAAUACAGCUGAUGGUCCUAAACAAGUUCCACUAGAUCCAAUGCAAAUAUUACUUAGGGGUGCACAAAUGAGAAACACUCGAUGGAUUUAUGGAAUUGUUAUAUUUACUGGUCAUGAGACGAAGUUAAUGAGAAAUGCCAGCGCAACUCCAAUUAAAAGGACUAGUGUAGAAAAAAUGGUCAAUGUACAAAUCAUCUUUUUGUUUUGUAUUUUGUUGACUAUGAGUCUUGCUUGUUCUCUAGGAAGUUUAAUUACAAGUAUAAAAUUCGGUGAUAAAUUAUCUUUGAUUGUUACAAUGGAAGUCGUCAAAUUUCAGCAAGCCGCACUAAUUAAUUCUGAUCUAGAUAUGUAUUAUGAAAAGACUGAUACUCCUGCUUUAUGUAGAACUAGUAGUUUAGUUGAAGAAUUGGGACAGAUUGAAUAUAUUUUCUCUGACAAAACCGGCACACUCACUUGUAACGAAAUGGAAUUUCGACAAUGUUCUAUUGCUGGAUUAGCGUAUGCAGAUCAUGUCGAAGAAGCAAAAAAAGCUCAAGUCGUUGAUGGCGUUGAAGCUGGAAUUCAUGAUUUUAAACAAUUGAAAACCAAUUUAAAAAAUCAUCCUACUGGGAAUGUAAUCAACGAAUUUUUGACUCUUUUAGCUGUUUGUCAUACCGUUAUUCCAGAACAAAAAGAUGAAAAUCCUGACAAUGUUAUUUAUCAAGCUUCUUCACCGGACGAAGGAGCUCUUGUAAAAGGUGCUCUAGUUCUCGAUUUUGUCUUUACGACUCGUCGUCCAAAAUCUGUUAAUAUACGUGUUAACGGUACUGAUCUCGAAUACGAAAUUCUCAACAUUUGUGAAUUCAAUAGUACACGUAAACGUAUGUCCACUGUUGUCCGUUCUCCAGAUGGAAAGAUUAAAUUGUAUUGUAAAGGUGCCGAUACAGUCAUUUUAGAACGUUUAAGUGAAAAUAAUCCCUUUACUGAGCAAACACUACAACACCUUGAGGAAUAUGCUACUGAAGGUCUUCGUACACUUUGUAUUGCAAUGCGUGAGAUUUCUGAAGAAGAAUAUCAUAAUUGGUCAUCUGUUUAUGAAAAAGCUUCAACAACAUUAACAAAUCGUCAAGAAGAAUUAGACAAAGCAGCAGAAAUGAUUGAAAAAGAACUUUUUCUAUUAGGUGCAACUGCCAUUGAAGAUAAAUUACAAGAUGGUGUUCCAGAAACAAUUCACACUCUUCAACAAGCUGGAAUAAAAAUUUGGGUUCUUACAGGUGAUAGACAAGAAACUGCUAUAAAUAUUGGACUUAGUUGUAAAUUAAUACAAGAAGAAAUGUCAUUGAUUAUUGUAAACGAAGAAUCUCAUUUCGCGACAGAAGAAUUUAUUAAACAAAAAAUUAAAGCACUUAAAAAUCGUGCUAAUCCUGAAGCCGAACCUCUUGCUUUAAUUAUUGAUGGACGUUCACUUGAAUUUGCUCUUAAAAAAGACCUUGAGAAACAAUUCCUCGAUUUAGCAACAAUGUGCAAAGCAGUUGUUUGUUGUCGAGUCUCACCACUACAGAAAGCACUUGUUGUAAAACUUGUGAAACGACAUCUUAAAGCAAUUCUCCUUGCUAUUGGUGAUGGAGCUAACGAUGUGUCCAUGAUUCAAGCAGCACAUGUAGGCGUUGGUAUUAGUGGUUUGGAGGGAAUGCAAGCAGCUCGUAGCGCAGAUGUUGCCAUUAGUCAAUUUAGAUAUUUGAAAAAACUUCUUUUGGUUCAUGGAGCAUGGAGUUAUUAUAGAUUAAGUAAAUUGAUUUUAUAUUCAUUUUAUAAGAAUAUAACAUUAUAUAUGACACAAUUUUGGUUUACAUUUCAUAAUGGAUUUUCUGGUCAAGUAAUCUACGAAUCUUGGACUAUUACAUAUUAUAAUGUUCUUUUCACAGUAUUACCACCAAUGGUUAUAGGAAUAUUUGAUCAAUAUGUUAGUGCCAGGAUGUUGGAUCGUUAUCCACAAAUGUAUAUGUUAGGUCAAAAAAUUUUAUUAAUUUCAAAUUUCAAUGUUAGAAGUUUUUGGGGAUGGACAAUCAAUGCAUUCUUCCAUUCUUUGGUUUUAUAUUGGGUGUCAAUUUUCAUUUUUGAUCAAGAUUUGGUUUUAUCAGAUGGACAAUUGGCAGGGCAUUGGUUUUGGGGAACAACAUUAUACACAGCAGUAUUAGCUACUGUUUUGGGGAAGGCAGCAUUAAUAACAGAUUUAUGGACAAAAUAUACAUAUUUGGCUAUUCCCGGUUCAUUUAUAUUCUGGGUGGUCUUUAUUAUGGCAUAUGGAACAGUCGCCCCAAAAUUCCGUUUUUCGGAGGAAUACGACGGUAUCAUUCCCAAAUUAUUUACAAGUCCAGUAUUUUAUCUUACAGUUUGUCUUAUUCCAGUAAUUUGUCUUUUCCGUGAUUACAUAUGGAAAUACUCUAAACGCAUGUAUAAAACACGAUCCUAUCACAUUGUUCAAGAGAUACAAAAAUUCAAUAUCCCCGAUUAUCGUCCAAGAAUGGAACAAUUCCAAAAAGCUAUUCGAAAAGUUCGUGCAGUGCAACGAUUGCGACGAAGUCGUGGUUUUGCAUUUUCGCAAAAUGAAUCGGGACAAGAAGCUCACCUUAUCAGAGUUUACGAUACAACUGUGGCAAAGCCCAAGGGUUAA